AUGACAUCAAAAAAUGCCUUUAUUGUAAAACGACCGCUUCAAGUCGCUUUUGCACUCGAGACAACUCACAGAUUUCUUGAGUCGGACUCCGCCGAGCGAGAUCAAAAGAUGCCUAAGUCAUUCUUGGUCAAAAAGCGGGUAGCGAUAACAGCUUGCAUAGACUCCCAAGAAAUCCCAGACACUGAGAUAAAAAGCGAAUCUGGUAAGGUGCAAGGAUUAGAGUUGCUCUUUUAUGGAAGGGUUUUAAUGGUCAUGAUUUAUUUUUCCGUGUGAUCGAAUUUUUCGAGACAGACAUUCAGUACUUCAGAUGUUCAACCGGUUAUUCUAUGAAAAAAGUCUUUUUGAGGUAAUUUUAACGCAAAGCUAAAUGAAAGUCAAAAUAGAAUUUGCUAAGGAAUUUCUAAGGAACAGAAUCGUGCACCCGGCUGUAGGAUUUUUUCUUUUAUUGGUGUGAAAUCAUAACUGAUAAAUUGGGGAUUUAUCUUAUUCGAGAUUGUUCACAAAAGCGCAGUGUUCUGUGAAAACUAAAUGCGGUCAGACUUUAAUGGAUCUGAAUAUUCAGGCUUUAUUUUCCAUCUUGAGUGCAUGAUGAUUUAAACGCGCGCUAGUUAACCGUCAAGUUUUCUCUUCUUUCUUUUUAAGGACAAACAGCUGAAAUGGUACGAGAUGACUCGGAGGAGAAAGAGACGAAAAGCGCCCCAUCAAAUAGACCUUUUGAUAUUGUAAACUUAUUCGCGCCCGAUAAGCUGACGAAAAAGGAGACCAGUCCUACACAGUGGAGACCCUUCGUUCCAAAUAGACCAAAUAUGGGGCUAAUGGAACCGAAUGUACUUUCUGCAAAUGGUAAUUAUAAUUUUUGACUUGUUGCGUAUCAGUUUGGGUUGUUAAGCGAACGCCGGUCUUAAAAGCCCGUUUUCCUUAAGUAAAUGAGAGCUCUUAAAAUCAGAGCAAGAAUAUUUGCCUCGCAUUAGUAUAACUCUUAUCGCAUUGGCGACAUUAGAAUAUCUUUCUCUGUCUCAUGAUAUAUUGCCAGAUGGUGAAGUAUUUUACUAAACUUUCAGCAGAAAAUUUGCUGCUUGAAUUAGGGAUAUAAAUUCGGAACGCGCCUUCGUCGAAAUUUACAUAUGAGAAUUCUUGGCCCAUGUAGUUCUAGUUUUAAUUUAGGAAAUCAGAACUCGCGAAUUGCUGUAAUAAGGCACACAGGAAAUGAUCCCGCUUGCAUAUAGACUUUGCGUGUAAAUAGCGCGUAUUUUCACGGCUCUAUCAUAGACAAGAUUUAAAAUCUGCAAACAAACCGCUGCAAAUGGUGUAAAGUCGAGCGGAACACUUUUUAUUUGAUUACCAAUCGCGUGCGAGUCUACAAGAUGAAAAUAUUACUUGUAUUGGGUUGCUGUAUAUCAUAGAGCCACAAGACAUUGACAAGUAAAUAAAGAUUAAUUAACCCGGAGAAAAACCCUAACAAUACCACAAAGACUGUAUGUUUAACUCGCUGGAGUUUAAUUGUUAAAACAGUGUGUAUACUUCGACCUAGUGUUGAGUUUAUUAAAAACAGCAUAUGAAACCAGUGCCACCUAUAGAAUUGUCUCCGUAAAUUAAAUUGGAACAGAGUGGCUUAAGCUCGGUCAGAACGGAAAAUGAAGCUGAGAACAAACCAGAGGAAAUGGAAGUGAAUUCGUUUUGGUGCCUUUUAUAUUUUUCCGUUCAGAUUAAUCGACACAGAGGCUUAAUUACGCCUCUUAUUUAGAGGAAAUAUCACACAAAGUCAUUUCUUUUACACUCCCUUUCAGCCAUUGUUACCACUUGGAUGGUUUGUUUCUUCCUCAAUCAGGGCUAAAAACACCCUUUUAGAGUGUAAAAUGAAGCGGUAUCUAUAAAGGGUUUUAAUUUGAGUGAAUCAUCACUCAGCUUUUUUGAAUUGACCCGGACUCUAGUGAAAAGGUUAUUACAAUAGGCCUCUCUAAACGAAUUUUGCAUUCAAAUGUUCUACGCAAACACUAUAAAGGGAAAACUUAUCAGGCGCGCAGAUUGCCCGUCUCGUUUAGGAUUUUUAAACAUGUACGAGAUCUCUGCAUUUGAAUAGCCCUUCCGAAAGCACUUUGGAUGUUUUUGUUUGUUCGAACCUGGUUAUAAAUCACGAAAAUUUAACGCUGUACUCCGUCAUUAAUCCGCAGUAAAACACGAAUCUUGAAUCCAGUUUAUUAUUAUUAUUAUAUUUUUUCGAGGUUCGUGGGAUAGAGCUACAGAAUUCAUAAAGUUAACACAGUGUUUUUUCGUUAUCUCUUAGGUGGCAGACCUUAUCUUCCUCGCUUUUCAAGCCCAUAUACACCCGAUGCGUUCAGUCCAUUCCUUGGUUUGUCUCCUUUUGUACGUCUCCCGCCUCAGCCAUUCUUGGGCGACCGCAGAUUACCUUUUCCUUAUUGGCAAUCAACAUUCUUUGCAAAUCCUUUCACAAACUCGUUCGUGCGUGUCGGAAAUGGAACAGAAAACGCGUUUAAACAGAAUUUGCGUGGAACCACCCCGUCGAAUGUAAGCGAGAAAAAGAAACCCGAACAGGCGUACAACGGUCAAACGUUCGAUUGCCUCAACUGUAAGAAGGUUUUCAGCACACCGCAUGGUUUGGAAGUACACGUGCGACGUUCGCACUCUGGACAGCGACCCUUUGCUUGCGACGUGUGCGGGAAAACGUUUGGCCAUACAGUUAGCUUAGAGCAACACAAGAACAUCCACACGAACGAAAGAUCGUUCGAGUGUAAACAAUGCAAUAAGACUUUUAAGCGCUCAUCCACCCUCUCAACUCACAUGUUGAUUCACUCAGACACAAGACCCUUUCCUUGCGACUACUGCGGAAAAAGAUUCCAUCAAAAGUCUGACAUGAAGAAACACACAUACAUUCACACGGGAGAGAAGCCUCACAAGUGUCUGCAGUGUGGCAAGGCGUUUAGUCAGUCUUCAAAUCUUAUCACACACAGUCGCAAACACUCCGGUUUUAAACCGUUCGCUUGUCGCCACUGUGAUCGAGCAUUCUACCGCAAAGUCGAUUUAAGACGUCAUGCUUACACUCAUGAAAUGGACCCGCUAGCGAUGAAAGAUUCGCAGAAUAAUUUUUAGUGACAUUUUCUGCUUUUAUAAUCUGUUAAACUAAAAAUGCUAAACCAAGACAUGAUCUAAAUUUUGUAGAAAAAUUAACAAUAAUAAUUAUGAUGAAAUAAAAUCCAAAUAGUAGAGUUAAUGACCUGGUCUAAAUUCUGGAACACUUCUUACAAUGAAUUUGUUGCCACAGGAAAAAAAAGAGGAAGUUUGUACGUAAAUAAAUGUAGAAGAGAUGCUCCUGUGGUGUAUUUCAAAUAUAAUACAAAUCAAUCGUUCG